CAAGAGCGAUUUUUUUUUAGUUGAUACAGUGUUACCACUUUUUUAAAUUUUUUAUCAUUUUUAGUUUUCAAUUUAUCAACAAUGCUUGAAAACGCACAUGGCAUCCAGCUGAUUAGUGAUUAGAUUGUUGUUUACUAGUUUACUAUGAAAUUUACUACUAAUGGUGCUUUUCUUGAAUUCUAUUUAAUUUCUUUUACUUUAAUAUAUGUAUAAUAUAGUAUAUGGCGAAGGAUUGCUGAAUCCGAAUCGAAUAAUCAUAGCUGAAGUGAAGGUAAAUCACGAUAGAUAGUUUGUUAUCACCAUAACGCUUUAUUUUACCGUAGUUUUUGAUAUUGAACGAGUAGUGCAAGUCAAUUUUAUCACAUCGCUUUUCAAUUGUUUGUCAACGUAGAUUAGCUUUUAUCUUGGAGCACCCAACGUAGAAUUAUACUAACUCGUAGAUUUAUAAUUAACAAAAUGAAUAAUUGCAUCAAUCUUGAUAUUAUUGUUGAACUAUCAAGAGUCGACGAUGCUCCAGAUCCUGAAGCUGACGAAAAAGUAAAAAAAUGUCGUGAUGUUAUUGUUGAACUGUCAAGAGUCGAUGAAGCUCCAGAUCCCGAAGCUGACGAAAAAGUAAAAUGUCGUGAUGUUAUCGUUGAACUAUCAAGAGUUGAUGACGCUCCAGAAGCUGAUAAAGUCAAAAAAUGUCGUAAGCGGAUCAAAUGUGAAGAGUUAUCCUUCACGUGCCACUACUGUGAUAGACGUUAUUUCGAGAAGAAGGAGCUUCGCAGUCAUAUCAAAAAGCAUAUGAAAAAUGAAAGUAUAGUCAGGUGCCCAGUCUGCAAUAUCGGCCUCUCCCGCAAAAGUUAUCUACCGGAACAUCUAAACAUCCACAAUGGACGGCAGUCGUAUUCGUGCUACUACUGUAAUAAAUCGUUUACUUUAUUGUCUAACCUAAUUAAACAUAACAAGAUUCACACCGGCGAGAAACCUUUCGCAUGCGACCAAUGUGACAAACGGUUCAUCUUGAAGAAGAAUCUUAUCGACCAUCGUAGAACGCACACCGGAGAAAAACCAUUCAAGUGUAAAGUUUGCGAUAAAUCGUUCGGUCGACGAAGUAGCCUAGUCAGACAUUUACCUACUCACACCGGAGAGAAAAAGUUCGUUUGCCACAUCUGUAACAAAACUUUCGCUUGGAAAAAUUACCUCGCACGACAUAUGCCAAUUCACUUAAAUGGCAAACGCAAACGUAAAGCAGCCGAACCAAAAUCUAAAGAACAAGAUUUACAUAACAACAAAGCGUUGUUAUGGAAAGAUAGUGAAGAAAAGCUCACACUCAAUUCCAAGUACGAAGCUCCUCCAAAAGAGCAAACUAAAGACGAUCUCGAGGGAAAAGAAAACAUGAAGUUCGAAUGGCAGAGAAAAUUUGAAGAUUAUUGUAAAGGAAAUGCUGAAAUCAGAGAUCAACCAUUCCGUAUUCGAGUCAGGAAUGUUCGGUGUAUCAAUAACUGUCAUAAUUUGGGUCAUUCGAAUACUGACAAAUGUCCUUUAUUCAACGAAUCGGCAGAAGAUUUCGAUACGCCUAUAAGUUCAGCUGCUCUUCCUUGAUUUAUUUUUGUUUUUCCAUGCCAUUUUUUACGUAAAAAUAUGUUAGUAUAGCAUUAUUUGUUUUAUCAUUUUAUUUUAAUUAUUGUCCAAAAAAUGAUGAAUCAAAAUAAGUUCUGGGCUUAUGCUUAUUAGGUAAACUCAAUUCUAGUCGAAAGAGACUGAACUGAAACAUAAACUUAUUUUAAAAUUAAAAAUCACGAGUACCUAGACAAAACAUCUCACAAUUCAACAGACUACCUUUUUUAUUCUCAACAUAUCUAUACUUACCCUAUUUUUUGAAUUUUGCUCUGUUUUUUUUUCAACGAAUUUUAUUGAUCAGUUUUCGAAGUAUAGGUAGGUAUUUGUAUUGAAAAUCGUAUACAUUCGGACUUCUUGCUAGUAAUUUAUUUAUUGAUUUAUUUGUUUUACGUAUUGAUAAACAUAUUGAGAAACUUCAUUCGAAGUUUCAUUUCCUAUAAUUUUCAUACACCUUACUGUGAUUUUUUUCGAAGAUAAAACCUGAGUAUCUUCUUGACUGGGAAGCAAACUGUGAUCCAAUAUUUUGUAAUUUGUGCCAUAAAGCUAUAUUUUAUGUCGAUUUUUUAAACAAUAAUUACCGUACUUACCUAUUCUGCGUUUGGGUAAAUAUAAUAUUUUUAUGAGUAUUGUGUGAAUAUUUUAUACAUAUUUUUUGUACUCAAUUGCGUAUUUUUUUCAUUGAACUUAUUUGUUUUUUUAUGGUCAUUUUUUAAAUUACGUACUUACUCAGUAUUCGUUGUCUGUCUUUACCUAAUGUAGAUUACGUGUCCACUUAUAAAUAUAUUUUUUUUGAAUUCCACAAUCAACA